UGGGGAAAAGGAAAGAUGAGUCAGGAAGAUGAGGUCACCUAUGCGGAUCUGAAAUUUCCUCCCAGAUUGCAGCAAACAGAUGUGAAGAAAGCAGAAUCAAAGCCCUCUGCCCAGAAGACAUCUCUGUGGGUUCAGCUAGCGAUAAUGGUGAUUCUCUGUGUGCUGUUCCUGGUGGCGCUAAUUUCCCUGAGUAUCCUAUAUUCCCGGCUCCUGGCUGGCAACACGCAGCUUCUAGAGGAAUCCAAGCAAGCCAAGGGCAAAAUGGAGCAAGUGGAAGGGAGAUACUCCCAGUUACUGCAGUGGAUGUUACACACACACAUCUGCACCUUGGAGUCCCCGUCCUCCAACACCUCAGAGCCCCUCAACAUCAGCUGUUCCUUGUGCCCCGGCCCAUGGGUUUCAAACAAAGGACAAUGCUACUACUUUUCUCCAAAUAAGUUAUCAUGGAAUGACAGCAGGAGCAGCUGCCAGAGGGAACAGGCUGAUCUAGUGAUCAUUAAUGAUCUGGAGGAACAGGUCUUUCUCAGCCAGUGGCAAAGGCAGUUGUGUUAUUGGAUUGGCCUGACAGAUGUGGCUGAAGAAGGCUUGUGGAAGUGGGUGGACGGCACUGACUUAAACCAAGCAAAAUUUUGGUACUAUCCCCAGCCAGAUGACCAUCAGAAUGAGGACUGUGCAUCUCUGACAAAUGAUACCCCCUCGCCGCGUAACUGGAAUGAUGACAAGUGCAACAAACCUUUCCACUACAUCUGUGAAAAGCCAGCAGCAGACACUCUCACCAUCCAAGCUUCCUCUGACUGGGAAAAUCUUGUUCAUUGUGGCCAAUGACGCAGAGUCCCAGAAUACCUCUGGGCUCCUCCUGAGCCUGUUAAUCUCCUGCUGGCCGAACACCCAGCAGAGGGUGCCGAGGACUCACCUUUGCAGGUGGCUUGGCAGAAGCCACAGGUUGUCCAGCCCCGUUUUCCAAAGGGUAUUUUUGCCCAGAUCCACACAAGAACUUAGGUGCUUAGCUCCUAGGUCUAGGCACCGCUGAGAUCCACAAAACCCCUGCUCAGCUGUGGCCUAACCUUGAAGGCACCUAAAUUCACUUGGCAACUAAACUUUUGCUCUAAAAAUCCCUCUAGAAUCCUACGUUUUCUACCUUUGGGCACAGAGCAGGUGUAGGUAGGUGUAAUGGAAGGCUAAACUGUAUUAUAGGGUUCAGCCACUCAGUGAUACUGUGUGUGUAAUGCUUAUUGAAGCUAAUCUCAGCCCUACUUGGCAGUUCAUCAACGAUCUUGUAGUGAACACGGCUGGUGUGAUCUCUCUGUGAAGGCAGCUCUAAAGCCAGUGAUAGAAUCUCAGGGUUGGAAGGGACCUCAGGAGGUGUCUAGUCCAACCCCCUGCUCAAAGCAGGGCCAAUCCCCAAUGAAAUCAUCCCAGCCAGGGCUUUGUCAAGCCUGACCUUAAAAACCUCUAAGGAAAGAGAUUCCACCACCUCCCAAGGGAACCCAUUCCAGUGCUUCACCACCCUCCUAGUGAAAUAGUGUUUCCUAAUAUCCAACCUAAACCUCUCCCACUGCCACUUGAGACCAUUGCUCCUUGUUCUGUCAUCUGCCACCACGGAGAACAGACGAGCUCCAUCCUCUUUGGAACCCCCCAUCAGAUAGUUGAAAGCAGCUAUCAAAUCCCCCACUCAUUCUUCUCUUCUGCAGACUAAACAGUCUCAGGUCCCUCAGCCUCUUCUCAGAAGUCAUGUGCUCCAGCCCCCUAAUCAUUUUUGUUGCCCUCCGCUGGACUCUUUCCAAUUUUUCCAUGUCCUCCUUGUAGUGUGGGGCCCAAAACUGGACACAGAACUCCAGAUGAGGCCUCACCCAUGCCGAAUAGAGGGGAAUGAUCACGUCCCUUGAUCUGCUGGAAGUCCAUAUGUGAUGCAGAAAUCUGACCUGCUAGAGGCAGCCCUGAAACCAAGUGUGUACAAGGUGCAUGUGAUAUGGUGUCAGGAGUAAACUAGUGCCAGAGGAGAA